CAGCCAAAAAAGAGAUCAGGUUCUAAGAAACCGCUUGAACCAGGAACAACAAUUGAGAGAAAGAAUCUCAACAUUGUUUUUCCUGAGGCUAGUAGUAUAGAUUUCUCGGGUGUUCCUUCUCCUUAUUGUUCGUGUACUGGAAUUGCUCGCGGAUGCUACAAAUGGGGUGCUGGCGGUUGGCAAUCUUCUUGUUGCACAACAAAUAUGUCUGAAUAUCCACUUCCGAUGAGCUCGACUAGGCCUGGUGCUAGAAUGGCUGGUAGGAAAAUGAGUAAUGGAGCUUAUGGGAAACGGUUGUGUAAAUUUGUGGCUGAGGGUCGUGAUCUUUCUCACCCAAUUGAUUUGAAGAAUAAUUGGGCGAAACAUGGGACUAACAAGUUUGUUACUAUUAAGUAGGAUUUGUCAAGAGAAGUGAGAUUGUUUAUAUGACUGUUGUCGUGUUGAUGACACAUGGGAAUAUGGUUGUUUCAUGUGUUUUGUUUUCAUUGUAUGAUUGUGAAUUUGGUCUGUUCUAGCUUUAGGUUAUGUAUAUAUUAGCUAGGU